UUGACGUUUUCUGUUGCACCUUGACUUGUGGUUUGUCGAAUUUCAGUCAGCAAACAAGUCGAAGAUUCUGCGAUCUGCUUCUUGUGACCGUUGAUUUCACCUGCUUCCUUUCAAACGUGAUUUAGUGGAAACGGUUUUGCUCGAUCAAUAAGUAUGGAGCCAGCGGAGGAGAAGAGCUCAGACUGGAAGAAAGUGGAGCGCAAACCGAAGGAGAAAUCGAAGAAUCCCGCUGACUCCGCGGCGGGAUCGCGCAUCGACGGCCACACCAAGGCCGCCCCCAGUCAGCCCCGCCAGAUCGUCGGAUUGGACCCGAAAGCAGAAGCUGCGCGACGACGGGCGGAGAAGGAGAAGCGCUUCAACACGGGCCGCAAGGUGGCCGCGCUGCCCGAGGCGCUGACGAAGCGCAGCGACGAACCCAAUCACAGCUCUUCAGACGACGAGGCCUCCGAUUCGGGAGAUCGAUCGCCGACCAGCGCAGCAGGGGGCGACCGCGCAAAGAACGACGGCAAGGAAUCCGCCAAGGGCGCUAAUAAUGCGAAGGACGCUGCCAAGAAACAUAGCGCCGCUCUGCAGGCCGCGCUGAAGAAGAUCGACACGAAGGCGCUGGUGGAGGAGGUGAACAAGGCCAAGUCGGCGCAGGGCAACGACAAGUGGAUCCGGCUGAUCGUGGAGCGGCUGAACGAGAAGUUGGCGCACAUCCCCAGCGAUCCCAACUUCUACUCGGAGCACGGAUUCACCUGGGGGUAUCCACUGAGCAUGGCCCCCAGCGCCCUCGUCAGCGCCCUCGACGGCCUCCUGGCCUCCAGUCCGGCCAACUUCCUGCAGGCCUACCUCGACUGGAUCGUCACCGACGCCUGCCGCAACAACAUCCCCAACCGUCGAUCGUACCACGGGAGCCAGCUGGUCAUUCAGUACUUGCUCAAGAAAUUCCCCAAUCUGGUCACGGAGAAGAAUCUCACGCAGCGCGUGGAGGAGAUUCGCAGUGUGCAGUCGCGCAAGGAGGAAAUGCUGAUGAUCAUGUGGUCUUACGGACAGGCCGGCCUUACCAGCUUCUCCGACGGACUGCAGGUGUGGUACAAGUUGAUGUUCCCCCUCAUCAACUCGCGCGCCUACUCCGGCUUCGGUCUGGCUUACUUGGAGCAGUUGUUCAAAAACCACAAAUCCCACGACUACUCGAAAACCAACACCCAGCAGAUGUUCCUCAACGUCUUCGACGGCUUCUUCGGCACCAACAGCAGCAACUUCACCAAACAGCACAAGAAGAAAAUCGCCGAGCUCUACCGGAUUUUUCACGAGGAAUUAUUUCAGAAGGACCUGAAGAAGUCAUCGAAGGAGUACUUUCCGCAGUUCUUGAUGCGGCUGGGCAUGCAGCAGCCGGAAGAGUACCAGCACGCGGCGUGCGACAACCUGCUGCAGUGUCUGAAGACGGAGCGCGGCAACCUGGCCUUCUGGCUGGAGAAGUACCCGUCCAGCAUGCGCGACACGCAGAUCCUGCUCAACUACAUCGCCGACACGGACGACGAGGACAGUCGGCGGCUGCGCCGCGACAAGCACUUCGUCCGAUUCCUGGACGAUCUGGAGCAGUACCAGCCCAACAAGAAGGCCGCCGCGUCCACCACCUUCAAGCAGGACGCCGGCACCGUCAAAACAGCAGUCGAUAAAAUCCGUGCGAAGAAGCGUCAGGAGGACGGCCGCAAGCGGCGCCGUCGCUACUUCUUCCUGCUGGUCGUCCUGGCGGCGGCUGUCUGCGGAGAAAUCGCCUAUCACGGAACGAAGAAGUCGUACGCCGUGCACAGCUACAAAGUGUCGAAGCCGUACGUGGUCCGCGCGUGGAACGCUGCCCAGCCGGUGGUGGCGCACACCUGGAGCACCGCCGUCAAGCCCUUCCUGCUGUGGAGCUGGGCGCAGAGCAUCCAGCUGGCGCAGCUGCUGCUGGCCGCCGCGCUGCACGUGUGGGACGUGGUGGAGAAGCAGCUGCCGGUGGUGUACGACUUCCUCAUGGGACUGGGCGUCUACCUGGAGGUGCUGUGGAAGGAGCUGGCCCGCUUGACCUACCAGGCCGCGCACAAGGUGGACCAGUUGCUGGUGGGGAUGCCGACGGUGUCGGAGAUGCUGGGCAAGUGUGCGCCGGCCGCGGAGUGGGUCCGGGAGCAGGCGCACUCGGUCUGGCUGAGCGUGCAGCCGCGCUGGGAGCAGGCGUGGGAGCAGGUGUGGAGCUGGACCGUGAAGAGCAAGAAGGCCUAAAUGCUAACGCAGCAACGCCGCUUCGGCCAGUGUGAUCAACGUUGAGCAAUCGCUGUCCCUUUUUCCCCUGAACGCAUCUCAUUCGCUUGAUCGCACCCUUUGGAAAUUGUCAAUGCCAGAGCCUGUUUAAUUGUUGUCGCCAGUCCCUUUUAUUUAUCAUUGACUGACGUCCUUAUUCUCGCAACUGGUCUCUGCAGCCCUGUUUUUGGUUCACUUUACUUGCCUUUUAUUUGUCCGAUUACUGUGAAGGCUGAGGCAAACUGUGAAUUGUAGCGGUGUUUUAUUUGUGCGCACUCAGUCAUGGGAAAUGAGAUGAUUAGUUUUGCCAGUUUUAUCCAUUCACCGGGGAUAAAUUUAGUAUUGUCCAGAA